CGUGCAGUACUUCGUUGAAAUUCAACUGUUCGAUAUGUCAAAUCUCUUGAAGUGUACACCCAAAUUUACUCUCCGUUACCAAUGUCAUUGGUUUAAGAUCGGUACGAUGUAAACAAAAGUCAUCGAAUCUAUCGAAUGCGUAUUCUAUGAGUAUCAAGGGUGCUGAAAGUCAAUCGGUUUCGGGUCUCAGACAAGAAAAUAUAGUUUUCAGAUCAACCGUCCGGAACGAAAAGGACAGGAAUGAUCAAAUUGUUUAAAUGGUCGUUAAUAAAUCGUGUGAAAUUUGUAGUAAUUUGCCGCUGUAGUUCAACCGUAUCGUACGAAAACACGAGAAGGGAACAGAUGACAAUGGAUAAGGCGUUGAGUCACCGUUCCGAUCCCGUCGUUAAGAAAAUCAAUUCAAAUGAGUUCAGUUCAAUAUUUACCGAAAAUCUCAAUCAGUUGAUUAGCCUGUUCGAUAAAUACAAAUAUGAACUGCGUAUUGCUGGAGGUGCGGUGCGUGACCUGCUGCUGGAGAAUGUACCAACCGACAUUGAUUUGGCUACAACCGCUACACCGACCCAGAUGAAAGAUAUGUUCGAAAAGGAGAACAUCCGGAUGAUCAACACGAACGGCGAACGCCACGGCACCAUCACUCCGCGGAUAAAUGAUAAGCAAAAUUUUGAAAUCACCACACUACGCAUCGAUGUCCUGACCAACGGCCGGCAUGCCGAAGUUCAAUUCACUACCGAUUGGCAACUGGAUGCAUACCGUCGAGACCUGACCAUAAAUUCAAUGUUUUUGGGCUUCGACGGAACGGUGUACGAUUACUUCAACGGAUAUGAAGAUUUAAUGAAUCGUCGCGUACGAUUUGUCGGCGAACCGGCACAACGGAUCCAAGAAGAUUAUUUGAGAAUUUUGAGAUAUUUCCGAUUCUACGGUAGAAUAGCAACGAGUAGCUGUGAUCACGACCAGAAAACACUAGAUGCCAUCAAAGCGAAUAUAUCGGGCCUGGAGAAGGUCAGCGGCGAACGAAUUUGGAUGGAAAUGAAAAAGAUUUUCCUGCUCAAUAUGCGCGGCGAAUUGAUUCAAACGUUUUUGGAGUGCGGUGCUGCAAAGUAUAUCGGCUUGCCUGAGGACAUUGUCUUCGAUGACUUCCGAAGAAUAACGGAAAAUUCCAGUUUCGAUAAGCAACCACUGCUGGCAAUAUCGUAUAUGAGUGCAUUCCUUCAAAAUUCUGAAGAUGCAAUGCGGCUGCAUCAACGGCUCAAGCUGUCUGCUUACGAACGUGAUUUGGCCUAUUUUCUACCGGUGUACCGGGAGGCGGCUCGUGAAGCUGAUGAUUUACUCUACUACAAACGAAUGUGCGUGCUAAUCGGUAAAAAUCAAAAUAUCACCAAAGAAUAUGUGCUAGAGCUACUCAAAUACAACGGCAAAUUGGACCUGUUCGAACAGUUGCAAGUGUGGAGUGCACCGCGAUUCCCCAUCACCGGUAUUAUGCUGCAAACGCAUGGUUGCUCGAAGGGCCGGAUGAUGGGAUUGGUGAUGAACGAAUUGAAAGACAUUUGGGCUAACGGUAAUUUCGAGAUGACGGCUGAAGAGCUGCUGAAAGAAUUGCCGAUUGUGUUGAACGAAUUGAAUCGGAGUAACGACGGAAUGGUAUCGAAAAAGCCGAAGAUGAAUUAGACCGGUGUGAAUUUCAUUGUCGUCAGGAAUGGAGAUUAUAUUUUAGGGCAAUAAAUCAUUUUACGUUUAA